UUCGUCUUAGCUCGGACGCGCGUUAUCUCGGUCAACCUGCACCUCGUGUCGACGCUCUCCGGGUAGUAAAGACUGAGGCCUGCGGAGUCGGUCAAGCCAGGGCCCUGGCGCUGUGUGCACAGAGAAAUUCCACAAGCUACACUGUUUACCUAUCGUUCGCGUUAUAGCCCCUAUUAUCGCGCGCCUGUCAGGUGCGUCGUCUGCUUCGCACGCUCUUGAUUCAAGCCGUCUGCUGUGCGGCGGAGUCGCCGCAGUGUAUAGCCUUCUGGAUUGGCUACGGAUUUCUGGUCAUUUUUUACCACCGUUUCGUCACUCCCAUGGCCUUGUGUUUUCUCGCGUGAACGGGAAGUGAGCGACAUUGCGACGUGUAUGUGUCACACCCGGACAACCGUUUAUUGUGUCCUGGUCGUGACAAAUCCAAGAGCCACCAGACGUCAAUUUAGUCUCUGAAGUGCAGAGUUGGACUGCAUUACGACACCGGGUGUCAUUUAAGAUUGCGUCACCGUAACGUUGUUACAGAAACAACGUCGCUUUCGUUGACAUUCCGCUGAAAGAAAAAAAAACGUUUUUCUUCUGGAUUUUUUUUCCUUUACUGAUAAAUUCUCGCUCUUCACUGCCAGCAGCAAUGCCGGACAUCUUGCGACAAGUACUUCUUGUGAAGUGUUCGUGACUUCGUUGUGGCUAAGCAAGGGUGGACCGCGUUACUGCAUCUGUCCAUCGGUGUGAAACAAUGGAUGACUCUUGUGUUUUCCGAAGACCUCUUGGAUUUACGUCCAUGCUAGUGCUGACGGGAUUGCUUUUCCUGUGCCAAAGCGCUCUUGCCAGAAGGGGUGUGCUGGUGUUCUGGUCUCCGUUCCACGACCCCCGGGUGCACGAGAACGCCCCGGCGGGUGUCCACGUGACCACGGUGCGGGCCCUGGACGAGUCGGCGCCGGGAAAGCCCGUGGCCUACAGCCUGCUGGAUGUCAAGGACUCCAACCACUUCCACCUGAACCACCUGACGGGAAACCUGACCACGGCGCGACCCAUAACCAGAAAGGUCGGCGACAAGUACGUGGUGAUCGUGGCCGCGGUGAGCCAGGGUGUGACCGAGGUGAAGACGAUGCAGAUCGAGGUGACCGUGCCCAACCAGUACCCGCCCCGGUUCGAGUACCCGGUGUACCGCGCCGAGGUGCACCAGACACGCACCCGUCCCGGGUACAGGGUCCUGCAGGUGCGCGCCCACGACCCGGACCCGAUGCCGUACAACGCCGAGGUUUACUACCACCUCGAGGCCGGACCGGAGUCCACAAGGGCACUCAGGUACCUCGAUCUCGAUGGAAUCACGGGCGAGGUUAUGUUGAACCGCAGCCUGUCGGACGUGGGGGACUCCAUGAUUGCAUUCACCGUCGUCGCCGAAGAUGGCGGGUCACCCAUGAAGCAGGACACAGCGCGCGUGGAAAUACUCGUGAAGACUUUAUCCGAUCCCCAGAACACGCGCGCUGUCGUGGUGAACGAGACGAGCGUGCGCAUCUGCUGGCAGCGACCCCUGUACGGCAACGUGUCCGGCUACGUGGUCAAGUACCGGGCGGCAUCGGAGAACGUCACCUCGUACCUCAACGUGACCACGGGCACCGCCGCCGACAAGUGCGUUUCGGUGCUCAAACUGCGGCCCUGGACCGAUUACGAGUACCGGGUGUACGCCUGGAACGGCCGCGAAGAGGGCAUCGGCAGUCCCGUGGACCGAUUCGUCACGCGAAUCGACUACUGCGUCACGAACGUCUGCAAGCACGGCUCGUGCGAGGCCACGGACGCGCGCCCCGGUUACCGAUGCGUGUGCGACCCGGGCUUCUACGGCGAGGCGUGCCAGCACUUCGACCCGUGCUCCGAGAACCCGUGCAAGACGUUCGGCACCUGCGUCAACACCAGUCAUGGCGAGUACCGCUGCGACUGCUUCACGGGCUUCUCGGGCCGCAACUGCUCCGACUUCAACCCGUGCCUGCUCAAGCCGUCCGCCUGCCUGCACGGGGGCGUGUGCCAGUCCAACGCGUCGCACAUGUUCACCUGCCUCUGCGUGGACGGCUACUACGGCAAGACGUGCCACCAGUACGACCCGUGCUUCUCGUCCCCCUGCCUGCACGGCGCCCGCUGCCUCAACGAGUCGGACGUCAAGUUCAGCUGCCAGUGCCCGCCGGGCUACGCGGGUGAGCUGUGCCAGGAGGACGUCAACGAAUGCCUCUCCAGCCCCUGCAAGAACCGCGGCGAAUGCGAAGAUGGCAUCAACAGCUUCACUUGUCAUUGCCCUCAGGGCUACGGCGGACCAGUGUGUGAGCUCAGAGACACGUGUCCCGAGGAGUUCCAGCAGACGGACAAAGGCACCUUCCACUGGCAGCCCUUAGCGCACGGCUCGGUGGCCAAAGCGGAGUGCCCGUACGGCGCGUACAAUCCGGCCAGCGAGUACAAGUACGCGCGACGCAAGUGUCGUCUGCUGGCCGACGGGCAGACGAGCUGGAUGAAGGUGUCGGCCCAGCACUGCCGAUACAAGGCAAGUAAGACGUUUCUUCCCGUGAUCUCUUUUUUUUUUUUUCGGGUGUUUCUAAAGAGCCUGUACUUACUCCGCCCUGUACUUGUUUGUUUACAGCCGAACGCCUUUACACCGAAGUGUUUGGGGAGUUCAAGAUGAUUCGCCAUAUAGGCCUAUUCGUUGUAAGGGUAGCGUACUACAAAGCUCACAACAGAACCGGGGUAAAAUCGUGCAUUCGUUAUACAGGUCACUUCGUUGUACAGAGGCGUCCGUUGUAAAGGCGCUUGACUGUAUUAUGUUUAGAAGAUUGUGUGGAGGUUGACGUGUCAAAACCACGUUCUCCUUCCGCGGAACGCCGUAGCGGAGGAAGAGCCUGGGUUAAUUUUGACCGCGCGAGGUUGUUUAAAAUGCGCACCUAAUGCAUGGUACGCGAGUGUUCUUGGAUUCCGAUCCC